AUGAUGAGUGCAAACAGGCAAUCUCGAGGUAAACUCUAGACUAUAGUGGAGUUCACUCCCAAUAAGAUUCAUUUUGUUAAGAGAGACAAUUUAAACAUUUGUGAUGAUAACAUAUCAAAUGUAUUAACUUCUAAUAAGGAGAAUAAUUCUGCAUUCAAGCAAACUCCCAACAGACAAAAAUUAGCAGAUCAAUAUUAUUCAAAGAGACUUUCAAAUGUUACUUUAGAAGGGAGGAUGUCAAGGUUGAGACACUCAGAGAAAUAUAUUGUUAAACUUAACGAAUCCGAAUCAUUUACAAGUACUUUUAAAGCUCUUGUAGGUAUAGGUAUACUUUCAUGCCCUAGUGCCUACAAGCAGGUUGGAUUAUUCGGGGGCAUUUUGGGAUCUAUUAUAGUUAUUAUCCUCGUAAAUAUCUUAUACAAUUAGAUGAAUUUUCCAAAAUUCCUCUCACUUAUAUCUUUAUCGAUGGAAGGUACAGCUCUGCUUCCAGGCAUAUAUGCUUCCACAUAAAAUAAAAAAGCAUAUCGAAAAAUAUUAAUAUCUGCAGUUUCACUUGAUGGAAUAUUGACAAUGAUUCUUUCAAGCAUCGGCUAUUUGUCUUACGGAUAAGGGACAAGAGAUAUUGUAAUAAUGAACCUAAGAUAUGGCAUAGUUUCAAAUUUGGUUUAGUUUAUGUAUGCUUUUGGAGUUUUAUGUUCAUUUAUUCUUCAGCUAUUCCCAAUUCUUGAAGUUAUUGAGAAUUUUGAAUGGUACACAAAGUUUGUAAAAUAAUAGGUGGAGGAGUAUUUUCUAAUUUGUUAAUGUUUAUCAUACCACCCUUACUUUAUUUAAAAUAGUUUGAAUAGAAAAUUCCAACAUAUUUGA